AUGAGCACAGGGCAAGAAGCAAUUGAAAGUAUGGAAGUUCCAUUUGAGCAUGUAGAGCAGGCUGAUGAAGAAAUUAUUGAGACCGCGCUGCCUUCCUCUGAAAUUAUUAAGGUCAACGAAGUCAAGAAAAGAAAGAAAAGAGUCACCGGGGUACCUGCUUUUACAGUGACUGAGCAGCUUGCUUUUGUCCUACAACGAGAACAGCAACUCGCAACUAAGAAACCCGGAAGCUGGAAAAAAGCAGCUGAGGAGUUUGGUACAUCUCCAUCUAACGCUAGAUGUCUUUACGCGAAAAAGAAGCUGAUCAAAGAAUACGCAGCUCUUGGACUUGGUUACAAAAAGUUUCUCACCGAAGCCGAACUGGAGAAAUUCAAAAAUCUCCGUGCUACGUUGUCGGAUAAAGACUACAAUGAUGUUUUGAUAAAUGAUCAGAAAAGGCAACGAAUGAAGCAAGCAUCACACCUUCGAGCUAUGGAAAGAGACCUGCAGAAAAAGGAAAAAGAACUGCCUGCGACUGCUAAGAAACUACUGAAAGAAUGGGACGAACAGAAAAAGCAACCGAAGAAAUGGAUAUGCGAAGUAAAUUUGGAUGAGUUUCCGACGCUUCCGGGGAAUAUCAAUGUGACUGUCAAGGCACUAUCGCGCCAAUUUACUGUCGACGGGCUGUCAGUCAAAAGUGGCAUAUCUGAGAAUGGCUUCAAGUUUCGCAGUGAAACAAGAUGGAAGAAGAGCUUCUCCAUACCGUUAAAUGUAGACAUGGAUCGAGGACCAGUGAUCAGAAAAAAACAUGCCUCUUCGUCGAUCACGGUCACUUACGAUAUCAAAGAAGAAGGCUUUGAAACAAUUGACGGAAAACAUGGACAGAUUGUUUCGGCCAAAAAAGUUGCUGAAGAUUUCCAAGCUCAAAAAGAGGAGGGGCCUCAAAGAAAAAAAGAGUUGGUAAAGUCUACUGGUGCUCUAACCGACCAAUUCUCCAGUGACACUAAGAAGAAAAAUAAUCCCAGAAUAAUGCUAAAGAGAGACGAGUUUGAACCGAUUAACGUAGCAGAACUCUCCUCGAGUGAAGAUGAGUCAAACACGCAAGAUGAUUUCUUUACACACAACAGCUCAUCAACAUCAACGAUGUACAAAAUGUGGGCCGGAAAAGAGGUUUGUGUCGACCCUUUAGUUCCUGAAACCGCGAAAAAGAUAAUCAAGAAAAAUUUCUCGAGCACAAACCCUCCGUCAAUUCAUCAAUUGAAUAAAAUUUGCCAAGACACAGGUGCAAAAUUCACAAACUUGCAGCAUUUUGUCAAAAGGCUCUUUAUGAUAGGGAACUACGCUUCUUUUUCACAGAUGAGCAUACAAGAACCAAUCGAAACAUGUGAAAUCACCAUCAAAGAGGAAGAUAUUUCCUCUUCAGAGUCAGGGGACGAAUUGGAGGGUGAAUAUGAUUCCGACGGAAAUAGAGUUGUUUAUAUUACUGAUGUAUUUGAUGUGCGUACGGGAAAUUUACUACAUAAUUAA